AUGACCUCGUGGAGAAGCAGCCAUGUUCCUGGAACUCCUCCCGUGUCUGUGAGUGCCGGGCUGGCAUGUUCUGUGUCACAUCAGCCACCAACUCCUGUGCCCGCUGCUCCCCGCACUCUGUCUGCCCCAAAGGGAAGAUUGUCAAGUUCCAGGGUACAGCGGAGAGGGACACAGUCUGCGAGCGGCCCUCCCUAGGGACCAGCCGUGACUGCAGCUCCAGCCCGGAGGACUGUAAGGCGCUGGCCAGUGACACCACCCCCCACGCCAAACCCAUCCUGACCUCAGCAAGCUCCGAUGCCAAGACCACGCUUCUUGGAGGGGACCUCACCCCGGAAGAUGAUUCCAAAAUGAUGAGGGCUCCCGGCUCUGCCCACUCCGCGGGGAAGCCCGGGCCGGAGCCAGGGCUGUCCCCACAGCAGCCGUGCCCUCAGGGGUCCCCUAACUGCAGGAAGCAGUGCGAGCAGGACUACUACCUGGACAGGGACGGCCGCUGCACGGCCUGCGUGAGCUGUUCAAGAGAUGACCUCGUGGAGAAGACGCCUUGCACGUGGAACUCCUCCCGCGUCUGCGAAUGUCGACCUGGCAUGUUCUGCGUCACACUGGCUACCAACUCCUGUGCCCGCUGCGUCGCCUGUCCUGUCUUCCCACCAGGGAUGGUCCAGGGUACAGCUGAGCGGGACACCACCCAUGAACCACCUCCCCUGGGGACUCACCUCAACUGCAGCACCAACCCAGAGGACAUCAAAACGCCCGCCAGCCCUGUCCCCUCCCGGAUGCCCCUGUCCAAGGGGCAUGGAGGGGGUGUCACCCCCCCCUCGGGGUACAACUCCAUCUCAACGAGUGCUGCCGUCUCUUCCUCCUCCACGGGAAGGCCCCGUCUGGUUUCAGGACCCGCGCUCCUCUGUCUGAUCCUCGUGCUGGUCGUGGUCGUCGGCUCCAGCUCCUUCUUCCUGUGCCACCGCAGGGCCUGCUGGAAGUGGAUUCGGCAGAAGCUCCACCUGUGCUACCCAGUCCAGACCUUCCGGCCCAAGCCGGAGCCCGUGGGUUCUAGGCCCCAGAGGAAUCCCAUACAGCUGAAGGGGAGCGUAUCGGUGACAGAGCCCUGCGCAGACGAGCUGAGGUUAAUGAGCCCCCUGGCCGUGGCGACCUGCCCCGACGUGGGGACAACCUGCCUGGAAAGGCUGCAGCUGCUGGAUGCCAGCCCAGCUAGCAGCCCCCCGUCCCUUGGGGACGUUCCUGAGCCCCGGGUCACCGCGGAGCAUACCAAUAACAGGAUUGAGAAAAUCUAUAUCAUGAAGGCCGACACAGUGAUUGUGGGGACCGUGAAGACGGAGGUGCCCGAGGGCCGGGGCCUGGCGGGGCCGGCAGAGCCUGAGCUCGAAGAGGACCUGGAAGUGGACCAUGCGCCUCACUACCCGGAGCAGGAGACCGAACCGCCUCUGGGCAGUUGCGGGAGUGUCAUGUUUUCGGUCGAGGAGGAGGGAAAGGAGGACCCCUUGCCCAUGACUGCCUCUGAGAAAUGAGGCCUGGCCCGGGCUGGGGCUGAGGGCUGC